UCAAAUAUAUAAUAAUUGUUAGCUAACAACUAAUUAGAUGUGACAAUUACGAUAAACAUUUAUCCAGUAAAUACUCAUAACUUCAUUUUAAGCAAUUCGUUGAUUCUUAUUUGAUAUUGGUAACUCUACACGAAAUAAAAAUACCAAAUACCAAUACAGAAGAAAUCCAAAUAUAAACUAGUUUGAGAAUUUUUUCAUUUUCAUUUCCUACAAAUUCGGGUAAAGGAAAUUUGUUGCAUUUGUGAACAAUUUAUGCGUAAUAAAUUAGCGUUAAAACAAUCUUUACAAGUGGAAAUGGUUGUUCCAGCAAUUCUUUUGACGCAAUAAUACGAAAAGUAAAGAAGGAAAUUUACGAUACUUCUUCGACCUGUUUUUUUUUUUUUUGUUUUUUUUUCUUUUUGUAUCAAUACACACAAGAAUGUCGUUGAGUAAGUCCAGUGCGAACGACGAGAACAAAUGCAGCGUCAAAACGGAUGACUCGUCGACGACAGCGAAAACAUCAAAUAAUUUAGUUGUACGCAUCAAUCAGGAUUCAGAUGAGAACUUGCAGGCCCUGUUCGAUAGUGUCCUGAAUCCGCAUGAAUCUAAACGUCCCCUUCAAGUGCCUUUUCGUAUGCGGAAAUUGCCCAAUUCAUUUUUUAAUCCGCCAGCUGCUAGCCCUAAAUCACCAACUGUGUCACAUUCGCGAGCCAACAGUGUUGACUCUGCGUACGAUUGCGGAUCACAGCCAAACAUAAAUCAGGCUUCAGUGGCGACAUCACUUUCGGAUUUACAGUCGACUACGGCCGUUGUGCAACAACCAACCACGACCACAAUCACUCAACAACAACCACCACCACCACCACCAGAAACCCAACGUUUACAAAUUUGUCAUUCGCGCGCGCACAGCAGCCCUGCAUCCUUGCAGCAAUCUUAUAAUUUGCACGGUGGUAAUAUUAGCGAUGACGCCACUACUAGUUUUAUCCAGCAGCAACAACAACAGGGUGAUAGUAGUACAGGAGCGGUGGCUGGUACAGGUUUCGCUAAUAAUAUGGUUGGAUUUACAGCAGCAGCGGCAGCUGGGCUCAACGCCAAUAGUAUAAUUGGACUCGUGAAUCAAGCCAAUGCAGGUGCAACUGGUGCUGGAGGCCCAUUACAGACAUAUCAUAUGAAACAACGUUCGUAUGAUGUUAUUAGCCCUAUACAAUUGCAAAACGAACUUGGUCCUCUUCCUCCUGGCUGGGAGCAAGCAAAGACCAACGACGGUCAAAUUUAUUAUUUAAAUCAUACCACAAAAACCACACAAUGGGAAGAUCCAAGAAUUCAGUUUAAACAACAACAGGCUUUAAACGCAGCCGCUAAUGCAAGAUUAAAUAACAAAACGGGUGGAAAUGCCGCAAGUCUGUUAAAUGGUGAUUUGGGUCCUUUGCCUGAAGGUUGGGAACAAGCGUUGACGGAAACUGGCGACGUUUAUUUCAUAAAUCAUAUUGAUCGUACCACAUCUUGGAAUGAUCCACGAAUUCCAAUUCUUUUUCAAAAAGCCGUGAAGGCAAAAAACGAGAUGAGUUGGGUGAACGCUGUUGAAGUGGACAAGGAUAAUGAUAUAUUUAAACAGAAAACAAUACAGAAGCCUUUAAAUAAACAUAACGUGAGUUUGCAUAUGGAUCCGUUUCUUUCCGGUGAUAACCACGCUCGACAGGAAUCGAGUGACAGUGGCUUGAGUUUAUCAUCGAAUUCGUUUGCAGUCAACACUGAUUUCAUUACCCAUAUGGAUUCAAGCAUGGAUUGUAUAAGUGAAAAUGGCAGCAUCAUAGAUAAUUUGGACACUACUUUACAACUAAAUGAUAAUAUUUGCAUGCUGAACGAUGUGCUGAAUUCGCCUUCAACCAAGCCAGACAAUUUGGAAUGGUAUAAAUUAAAUUGAACGUUGAUAAAAAGAAAAAAAAAACCAGCAGCAGCAAGCAAAACAAUAAUGUUUAUUU